AUGCAUCUUUCUUUGUGCUUGCUCGCCCUGACAACGUCGACCGUACUCGCCGCGAGCAGCAGUGGUGCUGGCGCGGCUGCCUCGAGCGCCCCUAAAACGGCGACGGCCGCCGUCGCUGGCACGACCGCCACCUCCGUACCGACGACGGACCGCACCAACGAGGCUCAGGAGGCUGCGAUCAAGAACCCGCAAGCCGAGUGCGCUGCCUACUACUACGAGCCCGUUGCCGAUGUCGUGAGUAUGGUCCUCUCCCCUUCUCUGCUCUUCUCUUCAACCCCCUUCCUACCCGACAGGAUCGGAGAGUCGUCGUUGGGUCGGUCGAUCGUCCACUAGGCUCGGCCGCGCAUGCGCUGUGUCCCUCGACGCGAACAUUGGACGACGACUUGGUCCACCGCCAGCCGGGAAGGGGUCAUGUGCUGACGUCUAGCAUGUCCUUCUCCAGAUGCCCACUUUCCCCGAUAUCUGGGCUACAGCAAACCUGUCAUUCGCGUGAGUUUCUGUUUUGCCGUGGCCGUGCUCGAGCGCGAGCUAGGAUUGGAACUCUUGAGGCAGGCGCGAAGGGUGCAUCGCAUUUUCGGACCCCGAACGGGAUCAUCCUAAAGUUUGACGAUUCCGUUUGCGCGCCCAAAAGCGGACAAUACCGACGCACCCAUCAGUGUAACAACGAGUGACUGACAUCAAAAUAUGGUAAUAUGGGCUCUGUAGGGGUGUGACUGCCCACGACAAGGCGCUUUUCCAGUCAAUGGAGUCCGGCAUCCCCAACGUCGCCCCCCGAGGAACACGAGCAGGUGCGUUCCGGCGCCUUUUUUCUGGACAAUAUCCAGGCCAAAUCGCUGCAGUAGAAAUGAUAUCUAAAUGGUUUUUCGAUGCUCUUCAGGUGACUUCUCCGGCGUCACGUACGACAUGACCAACGACCCGGACUGCUGGUGGACCGACACGCGCUGCACCACGCCCAAGUUGGCCGGCCUCCAACCCGAUAUCACACGGUGCCCCGAGCCCAACACAUGGGGUUUCACCCUUGAUGACGGACCCAAUUGCUCCCACAAUGCCGUAAGUCAGCGCAUCAAAGAUGGAUCUAAAAUCGGGCUCCCUUCCCCUUCCCGCCGGCCCCUAAAAAUAGCCUCGACGCCUCCCAUCAUUCAACCCGCACGCCCUUACGUCAUGUUUUGAACUGCUCGAGUAUCCGAUCGGCUCACAUCCAACGCUCUUUCUUUACCACAGUACUUUGACUACCUCCUCAGCAUCAACCAAAAGGCAACUCUCUUCUACAUCGGUUCCAACGUGCUCGAUUGGCCCCUGGAGGCGCAGCGCGGCUUGACCGAUGGGCACGAAAUUUGCUCGCACACCUGGUCGCAUCCCUGUGAGUCUUUCCUCCGGGCAUCCAGUGGUACAGUAUGAAACUCAUCGCGUCUUGCCUCCAUCCAGACAUGACCUCGAUGACGAACGAGCAAGCGUUCGCCGAGCUCUACUUCUCCAAGAAGGCCAUCAAGGACGUCCUCGGCAUCACCGUGCGCUGCGUGCGCAUGCCGUACGGCGACGUCGACGACCGCAUCCGUUACAUCGCGUCCAAGCUCGACCUGCGCAUCAUCCAGUGGGAGACGGAUACGUUCGACUAUGACUGGAACGUCGACGGUAUCGCGUCCGUGCAAAAGAACUAUGACACGAUCCUCGCGCAGCAAGCCAACGGGACCUACAACGCGUACGGCCCGAUCGUGCUCAGCCACGAGAUCGACGGCGAGACGAUGGCGAUCAGUCAAUCGUACCUGCCCAAGAUGCGCAAGGCCUUCACCGGUGGUGUCGUUCCCGUGAGUAUCAUACGUUCCUUGCGCUCGCUUGCCGCUGCGCUAUUUCCCAGUAUCUGAUUUUCGCGUCUCUGCUCUUAAUUAUAGGUCGGUGUAUGCUUGAACAACACUCAACCGUACGUCGAGGGCGCUCAAUUCGUCUACCCCAACUACGCUGUAAGCAUUUGCUUCCCCUUCGAAUAUUUCUGGGCGGGACACGAGCAUUACGACUCACACAUUCCCCCACCCGUCCCCUACAGCAAUACGUCGCCGGUACGGUCUCGGUCUCCCUUGCGGCCCCCACGGCCGUGACUGUCGAUGUUCAACUCGCUCUUUCCCCCGCCGCGACGAGCGCUGGUUCCUCGACCGCCUCGGGAGGAGGCGCCGCCAGUUCGGGCGGUAUCCGCACCGUUUCCGCUGCUUCGUCAAUGUCGACCUCGCGUGCGGCCUCGUCCACAACUGCCUCCAACGCCAGUCCGACUUCUUCGACCUCGACCAAGAGUGCGGCUUCAAGGACGAUGUCGUUCAGUGGUGUCGAGCUCAGCUUGACCAUUGUGUUGGGUUCCAUCGUCGCUCUGUUCGGCAUGUUCUUGGUCCUGUAG